GUUACUCUAAAAGAAGUAAAUUUAUGUUUUAAUGUUAUAAAUUGAUUCAAGGUCUGAACACAAAACAACGAAAUUUAAUGUUUUCGUCGAAUUAUAAAUAAUUUUUUACCAUUCAGUCGUAAAAUCUAGGGUUAAAUUUACACCUAAGUGUCAUAAAAUCUAGCUGCUGAACGUUUAUGAAAACAAUCUUCAAAGCUUUAAAUGAAAAUAAAUAUUAAUGAAACGUGUAAAAUUUUGACAAGGCAAACUUCUAAAAUGUCAUUCUUAGGAAAAUCGCAUAUGUGCUCAAUAUAAAAAAUACAUAUGUAGACAUAUAUUUAGCUUUGAAUACACUUGUAAUAACAAUGGCGCAGAGUCCAGUUCAAGCUCAGCCAAACACUGAUGCCUCCUCAAGUAGUGGAACUGCCCUUGGAAUGAAUAUAGGAAAAGUCAUUGCAGGGUCCAGCUCUCCAAAACAAGUUAAAAACGAACCAUUUUCCACAACGUCGCCGGAGCAAUCUAAAAUUCCUGAAGAAAUUUCGGAAAAAGCUGGAACAUGUAACGAAAAGAGUUUAGCUAUUCCUACUAGUGGCAAAGGUGGCGUAGGAACCAAUUGUUCAGAUGGUCAAUCAUUAAAAACGGCAUGUGUUGGAGGUGCUACGAAUACACCUAUUCUGAGGCAAAAUUCUUCAAGCAGUGUAAAUUCUUGCCUAGGCACUUCUCCAAACACCAGCGAACUUUCAAAUAGUAGUAAUUUGUCUUCUGUUGCUACUGCUGCGUUAAAUCAAAUUGUGGACAGUGACGUUCAGAAGGAGGAUCAUGCUAAAAAAAAGAUGACUGGAAAUGAAGAAAAUAUGGAAAAAACGUCCUGCAAAGCUAAAAACUUAGGUUCUGGAAUUGGAUUGGCAUCUGGAUUGUCAAUAACUGGCACUAUAAAGGAAGAACCAGCGGAUAUUCUUAAUAGUUUGGUGAAUAUAAAAAAAGAAGAAAGAGAAAACCUGUCGCCAAGUAUAUCACCUGUUGGGUUUGGUUCUAUUGGGCUGGACAAUUCAAACACCUCUGUAAAAAUCGAGAUGACCAAUAAUUUAAACGAAAAGGCUCUAUCAAUGACCCUAAAUAAUGAAGAAAUUGGAAUGGAAUCCGUUACGUGCAAUCAAUUAAACGCCGAUGUAAUAAAUGAAUCUUUAAACAACGUUCAUGUCACCGGAUUGUCUACUGGCUUUAAUUCUUCCCAUGGUACUGGCUUAUCGCAAUGCUCUGGUGUGGGAACUGGAGUUGGUUCUGGUGGGACCAAUACGUUGCCAGUUAAUCCGUCAGGAGUAGGAAACUGCUUAGACUAUAUGCAACAGCAAAAUCAUAUAUAUGUUUUUUCUACCCAGCUGGCAAACAAAGGAGCUGAAUCAGUUUUAAAUGGUCAUUUCCAAACAAUAAUUGCCUAUCAUUGCACUCAACCAGCAACUAAGAGCUUUCUUGAAGAUUUUUUUAUGAAGAAUCCGCUGAAAAUGAACAAGCUGCAACGACACGGUUCGUUGGGGAUGCCGUGGAUAGGUUUUACGUCAGGUGGAUCAAUGGCACCCAAUUCUUCGGUUUCAAAAACAUCAGUUCAGCAACAUCUACAACCGAAGUCCCUUGGAAAUUUAAAACCACCUACCGGUCAAACGGAUAAUCUUAAACGUAACGUUUUGAACGCGAAUAAUAGUGGAUUUACGGAGCAGUCAAAUCCUUUAUCUAAUGAUAGCGAUCUUAUGUGCUGGGAAAGUGGAACAGACAGCAGCGGUCCCAAUGGUAAUGUUAGUGGCUCCGUUUCAAAUUCUCAAAGUAAUUUAGACGGAAGCAGCGCUUCCGGUGAGGCACAUGCUAUUAAGCUUCUGGAGGCAGCUGGCGUAGAUUUGGGAGCGGAACAAAAAGGUAGCGAUUCGUGUCUGACCCUCGAGAACAAUAUUGUUUCAUUACAGGGGGUAAAGGUACCCGAUGAAAAUCUUACACCACAACAGCGACAACACAGAGAAGAGCAAUUGGCAAAAAUUAAAAAAAUGAAUCAGUUUUUAUUUCCCGAACACGAAAAUUCAGUCGAUGUUAGUGUAUCAAAUCAUAUGGCAAAGCUACCAGGUGACAUAAUGAUUGGUGCUUCAGGGAGCGGAGUAGGUUCUGUAAUAAAUCCUCAAUUGCGUCAAAUGACUUUGCCGGGUACAAUUAAGCCAGAACUCAUUAGUGGACAGCCAUCAGGAAUUACGGAGGAUGCUAUUCUGCCCAUUGAUGUAAUGGCAGACAUCGGGUCAGUGAUGGCCUGCAACAAUAGUCAAAAGAACAGCUUGCAGUGUGGACCAGGAUCCGGAGUUUCAUCUGCAACAGGGGGUUCUGCUAAUACAAUGAGCGUUAAUAUGCAAAGCUCUUUAAAUUCCACUGACUUGUUACCACCGUUUGGCAACACAAGCUGCAGCGCAAGCGUUAUUGGUUCUGGGACAGAUAUGCCUAAAAACAUAACAAAUCAAGAAGGCCUGAACCAAGGACUCCAAACAGGAGUAACGCAAAUGGAGUGGUCUAAGUUGCAGCAGCAGUUCUUUGAUGAGCGACUAAAAUGCACAAAAGUAAGGACAGGAGCGACAUCAAUUAAUCAACAAUCAUCUGUUAAUGGUGGCUCCACAACUAAUAAUCAGGUGCGAUCUUUGCAGGGUCCUCCACCACCCUAUCACUCCACGCAACGGUCUGCAUCAGUGCCAAUUGACUCUCAGUCCCCGAAUCCAUCGAGUCCAAAUAACUCAUCCCUGCCUUCACCUCGUACAACUGGCACAAGCAUGGGAUUACCGUCCAAAUCGCCAAACAUAGAAACCUCUUUGCCAGGAACGGCUCCGGCUUCUGUUGUUCCUAAUAUAGGAGCUCCGACAUCAACGGCUCAACCUAGCACAGGAGUUCUUAGUGGGUCUAAGAACUGUUUUCAAGGAGAAGUCUUACCAUCUUUAAAUCAUACUUCAAAUCGAAAUCGCAAUAACGGAUCAAACAACUCUUUAACCCUUAAUUUGAACAGCAAUCCAGGUACUCCUCUUUCCCACAUUUCCCCAAAGGAUCUAGAGCAGUAUGGUCAAAGUGCUGCUGGAGAUAACAUAAAAAACAGGCGACCAAGCUCGCAUGCACCCCGAUCGCCUGGAACAAUUGAAGCCAAUGUUGACUCGCGCUUCGCUUCUUCUAGCCCUGGGCUUAUAUUUAAUCAUCAUUCGAAUAUAAAUAACAAUCCAUCGUUAAAUGCAUAUAAAAUGUCCAAUUCCAAUUUACAAGUGGAGCGCCAAUCUUCCGGACUUGUCGGAUCCGUACAGUUUAAUCGGCGUUCAGAUAAUAUUCCCUUAAACCCGAAUGGCAAUCGCUCUACAACGAACAAGAUAGUUCAGAAUUUUGAUCCAAUCUCAUCCCUGGCACAGAUGUCCCAACAAUUAACUAGUUGUGUUUCUGGUGUGGGAAGUCCAGUUGGAACUGGUGGAAUAAGCAUGAUAAGUGGGUCCGGAUCAGGAGACUUGAAUAUGGAGCACGGAAUGAUAUCUAGCUUAGAUGCUGCUGCUAUAGAUGUCAUUAAUCAAAACAGUUGCCAUUCUAUUAACCCCAUGAUGAAUUCAUUAGGUCAGCGGAUGCUAAACCCGAAAAUGUGUGCUCCGGGCGUUCCCGGAUCGUCCUUUAACGCUAAUUCUCCAAACAGUGUAAUAAGAGAUUUCGGUUCUGGUCCUAUAUCAGGUUCUGCAAUUUCUCCUAAUUUUCAAAAUGUUUUGCCUCCUGGUGCUCGUUUAAUGGGCCGUAUGCCUGUCAAUUUUGGAUCAAACUUUAAUCCGAAUAUACAGGUAAAGGCAAGUACUCCAAACACAAUACAGUAUAUGCCCGUUCGGCCGCAGAAUAAUUCUAAUAAUAACAAUGGAGUGAGCAAUGUGCGAAUGCCACCAAGUCUUGAAUUUUUGCAGAGAUACGCAAAUCCCCAAAUGACUUCUGUCGGUAAUGGCCCACCGACUGUGGACGGUGGUAUGUUAGUAGGAACUGGAACAGGUGCCAUGAUCGUUAGCUCUCCCGGCGACCAGCCAAACAAGAUUUCUAAUCAAGGUACUGGAAACACCGUAAAUUUUUACCAAAAUUGUAACCAACUUGCUUUGAUGGAAGAAGAUGGAAGCCUAACUGGCCAUGAUGUUGGUAUGGGGAUUGGUCAACCUUCAAUAAUAAGAGGUAUGCGACCGCAUAGUUUGCGACCGCAUGCAACGGGUCCCCGUAUCCAAAAUUCAGUCAACAGGCAAAUUCAGUUUUCACAUAAUGCGGAUACUUCAGAAUGCGAUGGUUCAGCGCUUUUCAAUGGUCCUGCUUGUAGUAACACUGGAUCAAAUAUGUUUUCAGCGCCACAACAAUCUAAUCAGCCCAAGCCUCAUCACAUAAAGACUGUGACAAGUGGAAUAUGUCAAAAUCAAACAAAUGUUGGAGGUCAAAUCCCUCCACACGGGCAAGGACAGUUACAGAAUUUAAUUGGGCCCAGCAACAAUAAUUUAAUGGCGACUACAGGAAAUAGUGCCCCGCAAAAUGGUUCAAAUUUAAACUUUGUUGGACCAUCUCCGAGUGAUAUAAAAUAUGCACAGCAAUACCAUAGUUUUCAACAACAACUUUACGCAACAAAUACUAGAAGUCAACAACAACAGAUCCAGCAGCAAGGAAAUAUUAUGGCAAUGUCACCCAACUUGUCACCAAAUCCAGCAUUCUUUGUAAACAAAUAAUUUUAAUAUCUGUAAUUUUUUAAUACUAAGUCUUUAAGUUAUUGCACCCAUUUUUGAACAUGAUUUUUAACAAAAUUAUCUGAGAUUUUUUUGAUAAGGCUAAAACAAUUUUUGUAAAUUCAAUUUAAAUUGUUAGAAACAAAAUGUUUGUUUGCCAAUUAUAAUAAGCUUAAAAUAACUUGAAAAUAUAUUCAGAAAAUUACAUUUGGAAGAAUAAAACUAUUCCCCAGGAAAAUAUGUCGAUGUUGUAACUCUCUUUAGUUGUAACCCCUAGACAAUAUUUCCUAAGUAGAACUUCCCUAAGGAAA